AUGAUUUCCAGGACAUGGGAUCGGAGCCAGAUUGGCCGCCGAAGCGAAUACUCCAUCGAGCGGCUACUUGCGUUUCGCGACUACUACGAGCGCACUUCAAUUCUUCGUGCAUUUAUGGUGUGUGCGCUCACCCCCAUCCCGGCCUUGCUUGUAGCUCUAAGUAUCGACUGCAUCCCUUUGAAGGUGCCAUCGGACGGCUGGAGAGCGAACUACGCAGCUUGGGUCAGGCUGUUCGUCAUGAUGGCUGCAAUUUCGCUGGUUAUGAUUGAACAGAUCCGAGAUGUUAUCGUCAGAGGGACGAUAUCCAACGCAGGGGCCGUUAAAGUCGCGCUGGGCACUGCUAGUUGCUACGUUGCAGUGUCCACUGGAGUGGCAGCGGCGUGGAGGUUUCCAAUCCCCUUCGGAUUGGUGCUAAUGGUGUGGCCCUACGUAAUUAUCUUCUCGUCUUGGACAGUGUUGGUGAUCGGCCCUCGACUGCUGCUACAGUCAUCGCUGUUGCGUCAGCAGAUCAAGGCUCAGCUGCUGACUGUGGCUACCCAGGGCGUCGUAGCUGUGGCUUACCCUCUCUUCAGUGCCGUCUUCAACCGCCUCUCUGAUGCCCCUGAUCAACAAGCUCUGUUUGUCAUGGUGUUGCCCACGCUGAAGUUUGUGCUGAAGCAGAUGAUUGCUCGUGUUUCCACGCAUUUACACGAGCGAGUCGGGAGUCUCAUCGUGUUCACCGUCGACGUCUUCAACGUCAUCUAUGUCUCCGUGUGCAUGCAGACAGCGCAGUCGGUGCUCACAACCAUUUUGCUCAUGGCUUCCGACGUUUUCCACAUUCUG